UCAUUGGUCGACGGGGAUUUGUUUUGCACCCUUCAGACUUCCUCCUCUGCGUGUUUUCAUAAUAAACCACAUUUUUCUCCCGUCGGACCCGCCGCAUUGUUAUCCUGUCAGCCUGCCAGCAUUGUCGGAUUUCAGCUCCUGUUUUAACAAAGGCCGUGGAUGAAGUUUGAAAGCUGGUUCAGAUUCAAAGAAGAGACGCGGGUAAACGGGCUCCGCUGCAACAACCAGAGGCUGUCUCUGUUGUCUUUAUUGUCCAAGCCUUCAGCGCAUGGUCGACUGUUGGACCGAGCCGACGUGCCGUCACCAUACCUGCUUAAAUUAGAUGGUUUUUUCUAGCUGUCAGUCACAUUGAUACGUUGUAAAGACCGUAAGGAGCUUCAGUAUUAUCAGACAUGGUGAAGCUGACAAAAGCCAAGACGUUCCAGGCCUACCUGGACUCCUGCCACCGUCGCUACAGCUGUGUGCACUGCCGUGCCCAUCUGGCCAACCAUGAUGAUCUCAUCUCCAAGUCUUUCCAAGGCAGUCAAGGCCGAGCCUACCUCUUCAACUCUGUGGUGAAUGUUGGCUGCGGUCCUGCGGAGGAGAGGCUAUUGCUCACAGGACUACACGCUGUCGCCGACAUCUACUGUGAAAACUGCCACACCACGCUGGGCUGGAAAUAUGAGCAGGCCUUUGAGCUGAGUCAGAAGUACAAGGAGGGGAAGUUUAUCAUUGAGCUGUCCCACAUGAUAAAGGACAACGGCUGGGACUGAGAGGGAAGCCUCCCAUCUUUCUUCAUGACUUUUUCAGAAGUUGCAUCCCCUCAACUUAAAGGGGUUCCAGUGUAGCCUCCUCAUCCCGCGUACGAGCCAUCUCUGUGCCACACUUUCACUUCGUACGGCUUCGCCAACAAUAGCAUGUGAUGCCUUUUAUCUUUUUCUGUUCUUCAUGUUUUUCCAGCGACCACAACAACACAUUUGCUGAUAUUGCUAUCCCAAUUGCUAGUUGUGCUGGAACAUGGACUGAAUGAGUGCAGGGUUUGUGUGGGUGUGUGUGAAAGACUGGAAGAUGUAGUCACACAGACACGUGUGCAUGUUGGAUUUUAAAGCGUGUGUUUUGAGUGAUUACCGCUAAUCAGUCUCGCUCUGUGGGGGCGAGGCGAGUGCAAGUCAAAUAAUCUGACCGUUUUACACAUCAGAUACAGGUACUUGGGUUUUCCUUUUGACUUUAAGGUGCACAUUUAGACAUAUCUAGCCAUACCUGAGUAAAGUAUAUAGGCUUGUUUAACCCAUAGAUCAUUUUUGAGUGAUGAAAGGGAAGGGGAAUUCUUAAAGCAGUGUCGGGGCUUGUUAUUUUUAUCAGUAAAAUUCAAGUUUUUAUGGUAAAAUCAGUAACUCUUGUUCAUAUUUUGCUAAAGGCAAUCAGGAUGUUGAAUUAGUGAUAUUAAACCCUG